AUAAUCUUCUUUCACGUCUACAAAUGAAACCACCUCAACGCACAUUUUAACUUGGCAGUCAUUGUUAAGUAUGUCCUCGGUGUGUGUUGGCAUCACGAUUCCCACGCAGUCCGUUGUAAAUGCCCGACUGCAGCUCAGCAAGGGGCUUGGAAGUGAGCACCUAUUGUCACGCGACCUUAUUAUUUUCUUCUGUAAGAGAAUUGUCCCAAGGGAACACUGUCUCUACACCACUAUAUCUCAUAGUUUUAUGCAUAGUAUGCACAUCUACUGUAGGUCUGCAGAAGUCUAGUUAAAAAAAAUGUGUGUGAAUAUAUACUUAACCCUUGUGUUGCCUUAGGGUCAUUUUGACCCGAAUCAAUAUUACACCCUCCCCCCGCUUUAGGAUUAAUUUGACCCCAUUCAAUGUUUAAUGUCGGUGUUCUUUCGGUAGUCAACAAACAAACAUAAAGUGCCUCACACUUAAACUUGGAAAACAAUAUUAAUUCUAAUAAUUUUCUGGAGGUUUUAAUUGCUGGCGUCAAAUUGAACCCAAAGGGUAAAAUAUGUUAGUAAAUAUAAAGGUAACAGGAGGGUGAAACAUUGAAUCGGGUCAAAAUGACCCAAAGGCGGGGGGAGGGUUAAAUAUUUAAUCGGGUCAAAAUGACCCUAAGGCAACACAAGGGUUAAAAUAGCCUAAGUAAAAUUACAGAAUGGUCCCGAAACUAUACAUAACACUGGAUUAUAACUUGAUUAUAAUCCAUCACUAAAGGUGGGGCUAAUUUGUUAUGUUUAUUAUGCACUGCCAGGCAGCAUAAUUUAUAGUUAUAAAUCAUUUUUUAGGUGAUUGGGAUUUUGUCUGAAUAAUCUCAAUCUGCAAAGCGACAUAAAUGUCAUAAAAACAACAAUUUAACAAAUGUAGAAUAGAUGUAAGUAGCAUCAAAUUGUACUUAAAGACGGUACUUCAGUAAAUGGACUUGUUGACGUUCACUUUGUUUGAGACCUUGUUCAAAUAUUUAUUCUUUAGUGGCCUGUAGGGGUGGUUCCAAAGAACUUGCCACACUCACCAGUUUCCGCGUGGACCUGGAGUCAUGAGCGGUAUGCCUUUUAUAAAUUAAUCUUCAUAAUUAUGUUGACAUUUUUGCUGUACGACUUUUAGGUUAAUACCAUUCAAAACUUUUGCAUAGCCCAACGAUAUCCCCAUUAGUUUGAAUUGGCUGUUGCAUAACGGCACUGGACUUCUCAAACUGCAAACGACUUGACUCCAUCGGCCACCUUGCUGCGGUGAUAUUUCAUUGUGAGUUUAAUAUUUACACAUCCAGCAGUAACAGGAGCAACAUUAUCAUUUCAUUUGAGUCGUGUUUGUGAUGAAUGCAUGUCCCAUAUUCACUAUCCUUUAGCUCGGGUUUUGGUCUCGAUGAAAUCUUGAGGGAGAUUUCUGUCCCUUUAGCUUCUAAAUGCUCUAAAUGUUCAGCAACUGGUCUCAAACUCUGUGUGUCUGCUGGUCGGUGCUGAGCAGGGACAGUUCUCCUGGUUUCCUAGAUAUCUCUCACUGAAAGCAGCCCUGGAUUUAGCGUUUUAGCAAAAUCUCGACUUUGUUUUCUAACAAUACUUUAUUUUGAACCUUUUUAGUAUUUUUGGUGGAGUAGCUGUUGUUUUUCCUGUAACAGAUGUUGGAUGGCAUCAAACAAUAACAUAAUUAAAAUUGUCCAAAAAAAAGUCUAAAUAAGAAAAAUCAUAAUUAUAAUAUACAUAUGUAUCUAUGUGUAUUUUAAAUUUGUUAUUAUUUUAUUGCCUCAUUUCUGACCUUUGUAAAUCCCUUUGUAAUCAAAUAUGAGCGUUGUAUAUUUAAUCUUUGUACUUUGAAAACCCUCCUGUCGAUCAGUCUUAUUUGAGUUGUAAAAUUCCAGAGGCAAGAAAACUAGUUUGUUCGUAUACAAAUGUGUAAAAAUAGCAAAUGGGUGUGUUAUGGAAAAGACUGGAAGCAAAGUUAAAGUGAAAAGCAGAACUGAGAACAUGUGAGGCAGAGUAUUAUACAUUAAUAACAACUGUCUGCCAGAUACUGAGCACAACGAACACAACAUCAUGCAAACACUCACAAUAAUGUUAGAUUUCAUAACAUUUUCACUUUUAACGUGUUUAUGCUGGUUUCCUGGGACACGUACUGGAGUUCAGAGGCAUUGUUAAUGUUACUUAUCACAAAUCUGCUCAAAAUAACAUAUAUAUAUAUAUAUAUAUAUAUAAUAUAUAAACAGUGCCUGAAAUGGGCCGGUACCUUUGGCUCAACAGUACUGAGUGUCAGUACUUCUGAUUAUUGUCCCACGAGUUGCUUACUUCUUAUUGGUACGAUAGCUUAAUGCUGAGAAAACAGCUCUGAAAAGGCUUUUGGCAUUCGUUAAGUUUGUUUUUUGUAGCAUAUUAUAGUUAUAGUUAUGUAUAAUUUGGUUUGUAUCGAUAGCUCCAUAAAAAGUUGUUAGCCCAAUAUACAUGUAUGUACAGACUGUGAACAUGUUUGUCAUAUAUAGGCCAAGUAUAUUUCAUUAAACACAUACAAAAAUACAUUUAAAUUCUGAUAUAUGAAAAACUUAUACUUAAGGUCCCUAAAUAUAUAUAUAUAUAUAUAUAUAUAUUUAUAUAUAUCAAGAUACAAUGAUCAUGUCAUUCAACUAUAAAAAUAGGGUACUGGCGCAUUUUUUUUAACUGACUUUCAUGAUGCUCUGACGUUUCCUCACAGCUCUUGGAGUGCCAUUAAAUUGGGUAAACACUUUUACUUUACUAAAUUAACGUGGUUAAAAUGGUGACAUAAACAUGCCAGCACUAUCAGAGUGAGCUGAGCCGCUGGACUAAGUUCAAUAACUAAACACUAAUCAAAACAUGCUUAUAUUUGACAUGUUUUCUGGAUCAGGGAUCCUUUUAACAGUGAGCUAUAACAAACACACGACCAGGACCCUAACACCAAAGCAGUGAAGUGGAAUUCAGCCAUCAUUUAUUUUAUUAUUUAUUAUGCUUUUCAACUGUGACAUGUCAAAAUGUCCACUGAGAAAAGACCUGUUAAAUCAGUUUUCAGAAACAAACCAAAUGUCAUGAAUACACAAUAAAUACAAACACUUGUUAAAUCCAUAUUGUACUGCAACUGUAUCAGCUAAGUUCUUACACUUAACAAGAGGCAGAUGGUGUGGGGGGCUUCUGCAUGACGACAGUGGCCUCUUUGGAUUGCUGAGUAGGAAUAAAGAAGUGUCUACUUCCCUGGAAUCAUUGUGCAACUCUGAGUGAAAGGGUUGGAGCCUUGUGCAACACAUGCAGUGGUGCAAGUGAAUCUCCGUGAGAUCCCAGUGCUAGAUCCACCUGAGUCCAGUAGAGGGCGCUGCAGGACUGGACAGUCUGAAACAUCUCCUGCAGCACAUUUUAUUUUCCUUCUGGGGGCAGGCAAAAGUAUGCCAGAUAAAAUGUCAAGGGAACCUUGAAGUGUUUCAGCACGGACUUGACCUAAUUAAGCAGUCGGUGGAUACAGAUACUGCCCUCUGUUAUCCAGUGGAGCAGCUCCACAGCAGAGUGGACUCUGACCUACCCAGAAGCCCCAUGUGUUUCUCAUCAGUGUGUGUACGUAAGAACAGGUCUGUUGCUGACCUCUAUGGAAGAUGACAGCAGGUCGCGUUCAACGCCUCCAGGGACCGAAGGAACUUGUAUGACACGCAGCAAAAGUGGAACCAUUCGUGGAGGCUUCUUCUUCUUCUUCUUCACGCUUUCUUCGCCCUGAUCCGGCUGCACCAUGGUUCUGCUCGUCCACAUGCUGGCCUGUGCCUUUGGCCUGGGCUCCUGGGUGGCAGUGAAUGGCGUGUGGGUGGAGCUGCCUCUCAUCGUCAACACUCUGCCGGAGGGCUGGGAGCUGCCCUCCUACCUGACAGUCAUCAUCCAGCUGGCCAACCUGGGACCUCUGCUGGUCACUCUCAUGCACAAACUGUACCCGGGUCGUCUUAAAGAGCGUGCGGUCAUCUACUGCAUCCUCUCCAUCGGCGUCCUCUCCUGCAUCUUGCUCGCCUUCUUCUGGGACAAGACCACGAUAGUGGCCGGGGCAUCACGCAGCACCGCCUUCUUCAUCAUCACCUUCUUCCUCGCACUGGUGGACUGCACCUCCUCCGUUACCUUUCUGCCUUUCAUGAUGCAGCUCCCGGCAAAAUACAUCACCACAUAUUACAUUGGGGAGGGGCUAAGUGGAUUCAUUCCCGGCGUAGUCGCUCUGGCACAAAGUGUCGGCAUCGCCAAAUGUGUGAACUCGUCUCAGACCGCAGGAAACCACACGGACGGGUCACACACAGAGUAUCUUCCUCCCAACUUCUCCACAGAGGUGUUUUUCAUCCUCCUUGCAGUCAUGAUGUGCAUAAGCCUGGCUGCUUUUUUUGCACUGAACAGGCUUCCUCGGACAUUCGAGUUGUCUACCGAAAAGCUCGUGCCAGACACUGUGGCAUCUGUCUUCUCCGGUCUGGAGAACCCCGGAGCGGAGACCGAUGGAGAGGGCGGCGUAAAAAGCCAGGGAGAGGUGGCGGCCCAGAGCAAGCCUCUGUUGGCUCGCCCACAACUCUCUGUGUACCAGCUGACCUUCAUCUACUGUUUGGUGGUGUGGGUUAACUGUGCCACCAACGGCGUGAUGCCCUCGGUGCAGACGUACUCCUGUAAGUCAUACGGGAACCUGGCCUAUCACCUCUCUGCUUCUCUGGCAUCGGUGGCCAACCCGAUGGCUUGCACCAUUGCAAUGUUUUUCCAAAACAGGUCAGUGGUGUUUCUUGGCGUGCUGACGGCACUGGGGACAGGAUUUGGCAGCUAUAACAUGGCUAUGGCGGCUAUGAGUCCAUGUCCUUUGCUUCAAGGUUCUGUGGCGGGAGAGAUCAUCAUUGUGCUCUCGUGGCUCUUCUUCACUGGGACGCUGUCUUAUGUCAAAGUAAUGGUGGGCGUUAUCCUGAGAGACCGGAGCCACAGCGCACUGGUCUGGUGCGGAGCGGCAACACAGGUGGGCUCGCUGGUUGGCUCGGUCACCAUGUUCCCGCUGAUUAACGUCUACCAGCUGUUUAAGUCAGGGGACUUCUGCAACACCCAAUGUCCUUUAUGACACGACAUCUGAGAGCCACAUUCCUGAGGAGGCCGGAGACACUCUCAGUUAGAGGAGUAGUUUGUGUUUUUUGGAUUUCUCCCAACGGUUGAUGAAAAGAUCAGUGGUGGAGGUGAGAGGCCAUCAACUUAGCUUAGUAUGAAGACGUGGCUUUGUUAAAUGUACACAAUCUACCUCCAAGCACCUCUACAGAUCACUCACCAUCAUUUUAUCAACCGUUAUCAUUUUUUAUUGACCUUGUAUGAUUCAUGCGCAAUCAACACGUGAACAUGUUGUGAAGUUGUACUCUUAAGUAUUUCUUGAUGACCAGAGUUGGAGUGUUUAAAAAACCAACUUGUGCUGGUAAGUAUUUUUCUUUAACUUGAUAGAGACGGGCUAGUUGUUUUGUAGUCUUAAUGCUAUAACCAGCUGUUGGCUCGAGCUUCAUAUUAAGAAUAUGAACAUUAGAGUGGAAUCUAUCGUUUUUCUCGGCAAUAAAGCAAAUAAUCAUUA